GUGAUUCCAUUUCUUUUUUUCCUUUUCCUUUUUUCUUUUUCCAUCUCCAGCUCUGGUCCUCUCCCAUCAUCCCUUCUUUUCUUUCCUUCUCUUUUGGCGGAUCCCCAUUUUUCUAACAUACACUCUUCUCUUCUCAGCAUCUUUGUCUUUAAAUACUCAGCCCAGCUUCUGCUUUUCCCCAAUUUCCUUGACCAUCCCAUUCUAUGUUUUCUUUUGAUUAUUCUUUACAACCUCGCUUUACUUCUGAACUACAUGUCUGUGCAGCAGUGAUCUAGGCAAAUUUGGAUCCUGAAAAAGUGAUGGGCGUGUAAGCCAAGGAACCACCAAUGAAUGCGCUGGAGACGUCCCUUGCCGGUCCUAGGCGGCAAAAAAACUCUUGUUCUCUAUGCAAGCAGAGGAAACAAAAGUGUAACCGGAUAUGGCCCUGCACCAAUUGCGCCAAACGUGAUGAGUCGAUGAACUGCUCGUUCACAAAGACCAGUGCCGUAUCACGCCAAUCUGCCGCGAGGAAAUCAAAUGCAGCGCGUAAAAACCGCCACCGAAAAAUUGCGGCUGCGGCCGAGGCAGCUCUUCAGACUGGAGAGGAGUCCAGCAACGCAGCCGUAGGACAGACAGCAGACAAAGAAGACCGUCGUAACAGCUCUCAUGGCUUAAACUUGGACGGCGACGACCAUAAACAAACCGCCAAUUGCAGCGCUACUGUACGGCCAGACGACUUGCCCUGCCCCGAAAACCAACACUCUGAGCAACAACCCCCUGCACUUGAAGCUGGAGUAGAGGCGAAACCACCGCCCUUUGAAAAGCGACAUGAUGACCAAUACUGCAUAUCAGCUCCAGACUGUAAACUGCUCCGGGAGGCCUUGGACACUCUCCCUCAAAGACGAGAUCAUAUGGACGCACUUGUUCUGAGCUUUUUCCAAAACGUGAAUCCCCAUUAUGGUCUUAUUCACCAAGCCGAAUUCGCCGUCGAAUAUACAGCAUGGUGGGAAAAGAGAGCAAAUAACGAUCCAUUACCAAUACCAUGGACCUGCCUACUAUUGAUGCUGUGUGCAUGUGCGUGUCAGCAUCUGCCUGUCGAUAUACAAGAGAAGCUUGAAGAAAUGUUCCACGCCAGCUGCCAAAAUCUUACCGAAUCUUACCAUUACUGUGCACGAAACCUCUACGGUGUCAUUCCAGAAGGUCGAUAUCACCGGCAUAACGUCAUGUGGCUACUGCACUCGACGUACUGGUACAAAGCUGAGGCCUUGUUUACUGAGUGUUGCCACAUUUUCAACACGGCCGUUCGAGAAGCUCAAGAACUCGGAUUUAACAGAGAGGAACUCUCAGAACACCUACCAAACUUUGAGCGUGAGAUGCGGCGCAGAGCUUGGUGUAUUAUAGAUUCGUGGGACUGGCAAAUCGCCUCUGGACUGUGCCGAGACACACUUAUCGAUCAUAGUACUUGCAAUGUGCAGCGCCCAUCCUUGACACUGGAAUUGGACGGACAGUUUUCUCCCCUGAUGCAUAUGAAUAUGCAAUCAGACUUGGUCCAUAAAUUAGCUGAAAGGUUUCAUUCUCCUGCCAGAAUCACCACGCCCAGUGAAGUCAUGGAAUAUAAAGACAUGAUUGUCGAAUGGAUGCAAAACUUUCCAGCAAUCUUUGCUUUGGAAAAUCCCGACACUUCACACGAUGAAGAGCAGACAUGGAUCGAAUAUCACCGCCACUAUAACUAUACAAUGGGCUAUAUGAUGCUGCUCAAUCCGUUUCGGCCGCAUAUGAAGCAAGUCUUCGAACAGGAUGCUCCGGAAGACCGACUAGAGCUGCGUGCUAUUGCUGUCGAUAUGUCGAUACGACUAGUAAAGGUAUUGGACGACUGGAUAACUUAUCUUACAUUUCGCGACGGACGAUUCCAUUUCAUCAUAUUCUCACUUGUUGAUGCAGCGACGACGCUGGCUAAUGUCAUUUUUAAUGAUAAAGCCGGGACUGCAACUCGUCGAGACGAAAUCUACCAGACUCUUGAAACAUCCCGUUUGCUGCAGGGAAAGCUCUACUGCCUCUCGCAAUCGGCGAAGCUGGGGUUCAGAAUCAUUUCCAAGACCUUUAAAAAAGUGAUGAAUACAGCUCCUGCAGAAGAUUACGCCUACCUACCAGAUGGAAAAGACGAUACUGAGCAAGCAGUCCUAUCCGCUGCGCUAGAGUCAAUAUCACUUUCUGCGGAAAAUCGUAUAGAUCCUGGAAAGCAAAGGCAGAAAGUGACUGGAGCUCUCACGGAGUUGUAUACUGAUAGUGCUGAACCCGGAUUGCAGCCUUCAUCUUUCAGCCAUAAUGAUGGCUUAGUUGCAUCUGUGACCGACGAUUGCCAUGGACGUCAUGAACAUCGUGAACAUGAUGAAAAUGACGCGCCUACAUCUCAUAAUGCGGUGGCCUCAAUCGCUGUACCUAGUUAUGAUGAGCAAAGAGUUCCUGGCCACCAUACGGCUGCAUCCGAGGGGCAUAUGUUACCGACGGCUUCGGCUUAUGGACCAGCUGUGCCUUCAAACGAUGCCGCAACUGCACCUCUGAUUGAAUUUAUGUCAGAUUCAUCUUAUGUCGGACCUCCUCCAGCCCUCAAUUACAAUGAACCCAUACCAUUGGAACAAGUCACGUCCACAUCUCCUGACUAUGCCAUAACUGCACCUCUAACCGAUCCAGCAAUCGCAUCGGCGUACGUUGAGCCUACCGCUUUAAACCAUGCCUUUUUCACACCUUUGGGUGGCAUGGGGGUUGCGUUUUCAGAUGAUACCUCUAUUGCACCUUUUGUCUAUGAUGAUACUUUGCCCUUAGACUAUGGUGCAAUAACCUCUUCAACUUAUGAUGCACCUCUCUCCUCAGACUAUUCUACCACUAGGCCUUAUGCUGAGGCCACGCUUCCCUUGUACAAUGCAUAUGCAUAUCUCGAGAAUACCGGAGUUAUAUCUACAGACAACUUUAUUGAGAAUCCUCCCCUCUUUUCUGCCCCUACAGCAUAUGGAGUCCUUGCAUCCAAUCAAAUCCAGCCUUUCCCAGGGUAUGAUGUUACUGGGCUUGAUACUGGUUAUGGGUUCUAUAAUGAUCCGGCAGGAUCCCAGAAUUUCGUGCCUAAUACUGCUCCUAUCACCCAUCCCACUUCUGCCACUUCUGUCUCCUAUUCAUCUCCCGAAACCUAUCCGUAUUCUGAGACUUAUAGCGCUCCCGCACUGUACAAUGCUGCUACACCCUAUUCUGAUCCUACGACUUGCGUCGAUUCUUCAACUUCUUUCGAAUCUCCGGAAUCAAACCUGUCUUCCACGAAUUUUGAUGGCGCAGAGACUCACGCUGCCACGGCGGCAGCUGCAGCGGCCCACGGAACAUAUGCUCAUGCAGAGUGUAGCGAGGAUACUGCUUAGCAACACCACCACUUUCGGCUCCUUGAAGCAAAUACACUCCUUUAUUGGCCAAUGCAGCUCUUCUACGCUGACUGGCAUAUAACUAUGCCUCAUUUCAGGAUUUGUGAUUUAUUCAUGAAGCUAGACGUACCCACAAGCCAACGCUGGCACAUUCGAUUUGGUUCUCUUUCUUUUUCACAGCUUGCGGGCGUGCAAUGCAUUCUUUCGCGUACUAGGCGGAUAUCUUUCACAUAUAGUGGGAUAGCUUAGGAUCUUGGCAGUAGCCAUUCGUUUCUUUUUGGUCUUCUUCUUUGUUUAAUAUGGGUAUUCAGAGUAAUAUCGCGAAAUUGCUGAGUUUUCCACCCAUCAGAUGUAUCUUGGGGCUUUUCGUUCAUGUGUAAUUCGACUUAUACUACUGAUAAUUUGUUGUAAUAAUAAAUAUGUUUUCUUAUAGCUGG